CGCUGCUUCAAUGGCCGGUGAAACCAUGCGAGCCGUCCUCUAUAAUGGCUACGGCGCCGGCGCUUCGGGGCUCAAACAUGUUGAGAUUCCUGUUCCUUCACCUAAGAAAGAUGAGAUCUUGUUAAAAGUGGAAGCAGCAUCUUUGAAUCCAGUUGAUUGGAAAAUUCAGGAUGGCGCUCUGAGGCCGCUCUUUCCUCCAAAAUUUCCAUUUGUACCAGUCAUUGAUGUAGCAGGAGAGGUUGUUGGUGUUGGUACCGGAGUAAAGUCAUUUAAACCUGGUGAAAAAGUUGUAUCUUUGCUUAACUUUCGGAAAGGAGGUGGCCUUGCUGAAUAUGCUAUUGCUGAAGAGAGUUUAACAGUAACAAGGCCCCCAGAAGUAUCCCCAGCUGAGGGUGCCGGCCUACCCAUAGCUGCUCUCACUGCUCUCCAGGCAUUAAAGACUGUAGGAAUCAAAUUUGACGGCGCCAGUAAUGCUGCAAAUAUUCUGAUAACCGCUGCCUCUGGUGGUGUUGGUCACUAUGCAGUCCAAUUAGCAAAACUAGGGAAUUCUCAUGUUACAGCCACAUGUGGUGCUCGGAAUGUAGAGCUUGUGAAGAGUUUGGGUGCUGAUGAGGUGCUGGAUUACAAGACCCCAGAAGGAGCAAGCUUGAAGAGCCCAUCAGGAAAGAAAUAUGAUUCUGUCAUUCACUGUACAACGGGUAUUGGUUGGUCUGUCUUUGAACAAAACCUCAAUGCUAAUGGAAUGGUUAUUGACAUAACUCCCACUCUCUGGAGCACAAUUAGUUACGUCUUCAGUAAGCUGACUUUUGCAAAGAAACAGCUUGUGCCACUGCUUUUGAGUCCAAAGAAAGAAGACAUGGAAUUUCUAGUUGAUUUGGUGAAAGAAGGGAAGCUGAAAGCAUUGGUGGAUUCAAAGCAUCCACUGAACAAAGCUGAGGAUGCCUGGGCUAAGAUCAUGGGUGGCCAUGCUACCGGAAAGGUUAUUGUAGAAAUGUGAGCAAAUUUACUACUUUUCCAGGCCUCUCUGUUUCAUGUUAUGUGUGUGAAUUGGAAAUGAGUAUGUGAUAUGUGACUGAUGCUAUUAAAUAUUAAAAAAUAAAAACUUCUGCAUAAA